CAAACAGAGAAGACAGCAGUCAAUCACAAGAAAGAAAAACAAGAUCCCCACGCACUUCCACUGCGGCAGCAGGAGGAAGAAGGAAGGAAGGGAAGUUGCAAGGGAGGCCCCUGUCGGAAGAAGCAGCUCAGGAUCGCCCCCACCAUGUGUCCUGAAAAUCGGAGCGAGGGUGGUUCCAGCUUGAUGAUGAUGAAUUGUGUUUGAAUUACCCAAUUACGAGAAGCUAUGGAGUCCCAGAGCAACACCAACCAAAGCAGCAGCAAUUCGGGCUCCGACCACCACAAGCACGACUCUGCCCCCACCGCUUCUCUGCAACUGGUCCCUCUCUCUUCUUCCUCCAAUUCUGCUGCAGAACCCGGUCACUCUCACGGGUCAACCCUCCAUGGCCCAUUCAUGGGCUCCAUCUCUAUCCAACCCCCAACUAAGCCCCCUAACCCCCCCUCCCUCCCUCCCAGCUCUACUUCUCCCGGUUCCAACCCCACCACCGCCAUUACCAAGGCCGCCAAGAGGCCCACCAAGGACCGCCACACCAAGGUCGACGGCCGCGGCCGCCGCAUCCGGAUGCCCGCCGUCUGCGCCGCCCGCGUCUUCCAGCUCACCCGCGAGCUGGGCCACAAGUCCGACGGCGAGACCAUCGAGUGGCUCCUCCAGCAGGCCGAGCCCGCUAUCAUCGCCGCCACCGGAACAGGCACCAUCCCCGCCAACUUCUCCACCCUCAACGUCUCCAUCCGCAGCAGUGGGUCCACCAUCUCCGCCCCGCCCUCCAAGUCCGCCCCACUGUCCUUCCACGGCGGUCUCAGCCUCUACGGCGACGGCGGCGACGCGGGUAGGCGGCUUCUUGCCGGCGGCGGCGGGGCGCUCGGGUUCCACCACCAAUUGUACACGCAGGUCCUCGGCUCGGACCAGGCCGGCGGCGGCGGCGGCAACAGCGAUAAUCCCGGAGACAGCUACAUGACGAAGACGUUCAGGGAAGACCUCUUCAAAGAGUCCUCCCACCAGAGCAGCCCCGACGCAGCCUCCGCGGCUUUGCAGGCCGGUAACAAAUCCGGAAGGCCCGGAAUGCAAGAACAAGUACCCACCUCGGCCCGGUCCUCGUCGGGGGUCCUGCCAGCUCCCGCCAUGUGGGCAGUGGCGCCCGCCACCACGAACGGCGGGAGCACGUUCUGGAUGCUGCCGGUGGGGGGCGGAGGAGGGGGAGCCGCGGUGGCCGCCCCGGGGGCCGGGAUGCACGAGGCCUCGAUGUGGACGUUCCCGGCGGGGGCGGGAGGGGCGGCGAUGCAAAGGGUGAACUUUCCGGGAGGGGGGAGGCUGACGCCGGUACAGCUAGCGGGUUCGAUGAUAGUACAACAGCCAAUGGGACUAGGGAUGACGGAGACGACGAGUAUGGGGAUCAUGGGAGCACUAGGAGGUGGAUACGGCAGUGGUGGUGGUAAUAGCGGGAGGGUCAAUCUGGGGAUGAAUUUGGAGCAGCAGCAGCAACAGCACCACCACCACCACCACCACAAGCAGGGCCAAGCUACGGGCGACGGCGGCGGGGGGAGUGAUGGAGAAGAUGAUCAUCACCAUAAUCAUCCCACUGACUCGUGAUAACGAUGACGACGAAGGCGAUAAGCAAUAAGUUGCAGGUACAUACUAAGUUGUGAAAUCGGGUUUCGCUUUGGAUAUACUUUUUGGUUUUUGCCCUUUUGUCCACUGAUCAAGUCAAGUGUGCGUGUAAUUUCUCGAUUUGUGGAGAGUAAUCAUUCUUGCUCAGGAUUUUUAGCAGUCGUGUGCUCCUUCAGCUUAGAGUUAUGAUGAAUUCUCCCUUUCUUUCUUGUCGUUUUCUU